AUGUCGCAGAAUGAUAACGGGUAUUCAACGGCGGCCUCUAAAUCUGAGGAUGAGACUGAUUUGGGCUUGCAACGGAUGCUCGAUUUGCCGACUGAGCUGCGAUGCUACAUUUUGGAGCUUCUCAUCGUCGACAAACCCUUCGAUGCUUACUUCACGCUGCUCGAACAUCCUGAAAUUGGCGAAUUAGUGUGCUGCAAUUUCAAUGCGCAAUUCAAAGCGAUCAAGCGGCACCGCAAUCUCGCUAGUCAGCUUCAGCAGAUCUUAACCACCACGGCUUUGUUAUCAACGCAUACGAACAAUCUUCACACCCGCCGGCAGCUAGCCGAGUUCUUGAAAAGCAACCUUCUUGGCGAGCGAGUAUACAUGUCCGUGAAAACCUCCACUCAGGCCAUUGCCGUCCUCAAGAAGUAUCGUACAUGCUUGGACCAUACGGACAUCCUGACGGAUCAGUUCACUAAAAUGACAAUUGGAAAUGCUGUAGCUCGCUAUCAACCACCUCCUCAGCCUCGCUUUGGUACCAAUACUUUAUGCAAAGUCGAACAUCAUCGCAUAUUCCGUGCUUUUCUCCGGCUGCAACUCUACACCGAGAUCAGGAAGCUGUACGGGGCAAGAAAAGGGUUUGAGCGCAAUCUCAGGAGCUUAAUCUCAUCAUGGAAAACCUGGGAAUUUGAUGAGGUCAGAAGCGUAGCAGAAUGGAUCAAACUCGAACAUCCAAAUCUACCGCAGCAUUACCCCCCAAGUAUCCGCACGUUAUUUGCCUCGGUCAACGUAAACUUUUACAACGACAUGACUCCGUAUGUCAGAAUCCUUCCAGCCCCCUCUCGCGACCGUAAUCGACGUUCCGAAUUUGCGAGAAGGUCGAAGAGAUGGACCGACACACCUGCAACAUCUAAGGAAGGUAAAGCGGACAGGCGUAACAAGGACUGGAGACCGCUCGGCUAUGAGUACGGAUAUUACGUGAAUUACACGCAACGCGUAUAUCGAGAGCAUUUCCUUGCCGAAGGCUACCCAUUCUGGUCUCGGCAUACAACACCAAUGGCUAGGUGGUGGCGUUAUCGCAAUCGCGAGGACCAUCUAGGACCGCGAUUUGGGACAGUCUAUGACAGCAAAGUUUAG